CGGGGCGGGAGCGGCUUGGCGGCGGCGGCCGGGUAACGGUGCAGGUGGCUGUGCCCGCAUCCUCGGCAUUCCCGGCUCACCCGGCUUUCCCGGCAUCGCCUCCUCGGCGGCGGGGCUUGGGAGGGCGGCGAGCGGCUCGGCGCGGUGGCACCGUCCCGGGGAGAAGCGUAUAGCUUAGUGUUAUGGGUGAUAUAGAAGAAGCUAAAAUGCAGAUAACACCAGAAACUCCAGGACGAGUCACAAUCCUGAAUCCUUUUGAAAGUCCCAGUGAUUAUUACACUCUUCAGGAGCAGAUUGUUUCCAGUCCUUCAAUCUUUAAGUCAACGAAAUCCUCAUCUACCCCAGGAAAAUUCAGAUGGUCUAUUGAUCAGCUUGCUCUAAUAAAUCCUGUGGAAAUAGACUCGGAAGACAUUCGACGCCAAGGAAUGUAUUUGAGCCGUGCUAGAAUUGAUAAGGAGACAGAAGACAGAAGGCAAAAAGCUAUUGAGGAGUUUUUCACAAAAAAACUCAUAGUUCCUUCUCCUUGGACCGAGCAUGAAGGCAAGCAAGUUUCUCAGUUUAAUUCAACUAAAUCCAUAGAUAUAAAUAACAUUUCUCCAAUUGGAAGACAGCUGAGCUUGCAGCCUGGGAAAAGCAAUGCUGCUUGUCAGACAGUACUGUCUUUGCCAGUGGAUUUUAAUUUAGAGAAAAUACUAGGUGAAUAUUUUAGAACUGAUGAAUUUGCCGAUCAGUCUCAGGAAAAUCUAAGCUCUUCAUCACUCAGAAGAAAGCUGUUUUUAGAAGAAAAUGGGAAUGUAUCUGCAUGUUUGUCCCCUUCUUUGCAUAGUCCAUGUGGUAGUCAGCCACUCGGAGUGCUUUGUUCCAUAGAACUAUCUCCAGUCCGGUGCAGAAGCCCCCUGGACACAUCUAGUUCAGGUCAGUUUUCAUCAAGUCCUAUUCAGGGAGGAACAAGAGCUUAUAGUCUGGGAAGUAUAACCAGUCCCCCAUUUUCAGAGGGGUCUCCUGCACCUAAUGGUUCUCCAGCUUUUUCACCAAUUGCUUUUCACAUAAGAAAAACACCACUCUCAGACCAAAGAAAAUUUACAUUUCGUUCUCCGGAUAUUCCUUCUUCCUCAAAUAGAAUGACACCCCCAAGUACAAGAAGUCCUUACAUAGAUGGUUGUUCUCCAAUUAAAAAUUGCUCUCCUAUGAGACUUGGAGCCUGUAGAGGAACUGCCCAAUAUCAGACUUCUGUCAUUAGAAUACCAAUUGCAGUUGAGAAUCAUGAGGAUGAGGAAGACAAGGAAAACACUUCUCCAGCAGAAGCUCGGUUCCCAGAAAUGGAUAAAGGAAUAAACCUACAUCAGGAAGACAGUGAUACUUUUGCACAUGGUACACAUCUUGUGGUGGCAACUGUAUCUAUUGCACCAGAUCACUCAGAAGGUUGUCAUCAAAGGUUGCCAUCAUUUCAGGAUAUAGAAGGCUUAAAGGAAAAUAAUACCGUAGACAUGGCUGAUGCAGCUGAAGUGUCAGAGGAAAACACCUGGAUGAAAGAAACAAUUGGCAGUAGCAAUGCACCAAUGACCAGCUUUAUGACAGGCAUUACUUUCAGUAUUGAAAGCUCUCGCAUGUGCAUGUCACCUCUUGCAGAAAGCAGUGCAAUUCCUUGUGACAACAGUAGUAUUCAGGUGGACAGUGGUUACAAUACACAGACUUGUGGAAAUAGCAUUAUGGAUACUGCAGGGGCUGAAAACAGUUGCAGAGAGAAUGAUGUGAACACUAUUGUGUUUCAGAAUAAAUCUCAGCUGCUUAGAACAAAGGAGUGUUCUGUUUUAAGCCAUAAGGACAAUCAGUUGCUGAGAACAAAGUCUCCAGAGAAGCAAUCCUGUUUUCAAAAAGCCAAAACACAUAGCACAGUAUUUGGUCAAAAUGCAACUUGCAACAUUUCUGCUUGGAAACAUAAAAAUGAAAAUCAAGUUCAGGGAUUUCACAAAAGUGUUCUGAGGUGCUAAAGAGAAUGCACAGAAAUGCUGACUUCUAUCAAACUCUCAAACCUUCCUUAAGACUAUUAACAAGAAACUCUACAAUCAUUUCUUCACUUUGCAGAAAUAUUUAU